AGCAAUUUGAUAAAGAAACGGUGAUAACAAAAGUGAUGAAGCUCGAAAUGCCUACACUUCAAGAAGUGCUGGAGGAUAAUGGUGGAAACGAAGAUCUUUUGUUAGAGUUAUUAUGUAAAUUUCGGCUGUGGUUAAAACAACAAAUUCAUCUUCCUCAAGAUAUCUCCGACCAACGAUUAAAAUUUUUCAUUUCUACCGUCAAAUUUGAUUUCGAAAAAGCCACAAAAUGUUUAGAUAUGCUUUACACUCUUCAUAAUCUUAUUCCUGAAAUUUACGAUAAUCUUGAUCCUCUUAGCGAUGAUAUAAAACUAUACAACACAUACUUACAAUUCAUCCCUUUACCAGUGUUAACGCCAGAUAAAUGUAGAGUACAUAUAUCCCGGCUAAUAGAUUACGAUGGCUCCAAAUAUGAUGCUUGGGUAGAUGUGCGGUAUCGCUUAAUGACAAUAGAAGUGCGCAUAGAAGAAGAUAUAGUUACUAACAAUAUUUUAAUUUGGGAUUGCGCCGGUGUAAAUAUCAAUCAUAUAAUAAAGUUUACGCCAAUUUUAUUUAAAUUUGACUCCUGUCUGAUGGCAUAUGGUUUAAGAAUAAAAGCAAUUUAUGUUAUCAAUGCACCACACAUUAUUGAUAUAGUCAUGAAAGCGGCUAAACCAAUAUUGAGGGCAAAACUUUUCAGCAGAAUACACAUUCAUACAUCCGGAAUAGAAUCAUUGUAUAAAGAAAUACCAAAAUCCAUUCUGCCGAUAGAUUAUGGCGGUGAACAGCCGUCAAUGGAUGCUUUAACAGGUAAAAUAUCGUCAACAUUC